ACGAUAACCUAACCUCACAUUUUAUAACCUCAAAAUGUCGAAUGUAAACAAGUAACUGUUCGUAAGAAUAAAAAACAAACCCUCUUAUUUAUUAAACAGUAAGAAUAAAACAUUAAAAUGUACUUCGACGACCCUUCUCUACUGAAAAAACCCAUCAAAGAAAUAGAGGAAAAAUGGAAAUUAGUACCAGCUUUCCUCAAAGUCAAAGGCUUAGUCAAACAACACAUCGACUCGUUCAACUAUUUUAUUAACGUCGAUAUUAAAAAAAUCGUCGAAGCCAACAACAAGUUGGUUUGUGAUGCAGAUCCUCUGUUUUAUGUUAAGUACACAAAUGUUUAUGUGGGAAGACCCGACGUUGACGAGGGUUUCAAUAUUAGCAAACCCACCACACCACAUGAGUGUCGAUUGAGAGAUAUGACCUAUUCUGCGCCAAUUUCCGUGGAUAUUGAGUACACUAGGGGCACCCAGAGGGUGUCUAAGGCGGGACUCAUGAUAGGAAGAAUGCCCAUAAUGCUACGUUCGUCCAACUGCGUCCUAAGCAAUAAAUCCGAAUACGAACUAGCUAAAAUGAACGAGUGCCCUUUGGACCCGGGGGGUUACUUUGUGGUAAAGGGCCAAGAAAAGGUAAUUUUGAUCCAGGAGCAAUUGUCCAGAAACAGAAUGAUAGUGGAGGAGUCAAAAUUCGGGGUACAAUGUACAGUUACGAGUUCCACGCACGAGAAAAAGUCCAAAACAAACGUUCUAGCUAAAGGGAAUAAAUACUACUUAAGCCACAAUUCCUUGACUGACCUCAUUCCCGUUUCUAUAAUUUUUAAAGCGUUAAACGUCACUAGUGAUAAAGAAAUGUGCGAAAUGAUCGGCGUCGAGGACAUUUCAAAACUGACCGCAACUCUGGAAGAGUGUCAUAAUUUGAAAAUUUACACCCAAUUGGGGGCUUUGAAACAUAUUGGGUCAAAAUUAGUAGCUAAGAGAUACGUCACUUCUGCUAGUAAAAUUAAGACACCUGUGGACGAAGCUAGGGAUAUUUUGGCCACUACGGUUCUGGCACACGUGCCUGUGGAGGACUACAAUUUUCGUAUGAAAGCCAUCUACUUAGGUGUCAUGGUCAAAAGAGUCAUUGAGGCUCAAAGUGAUAAAAAAUUCCUCGACGACAAAGACUACUACGGCAACAAACGUCUCGAACUGGCUGGUUCUCUUCUGUCUUUGAUGUUCGAAGACGUCUUCAAACGCUUCAACUGGGAGCUUAAAUCCAUCGCUGAGAAGACUAUUCCCAAAAUUCGGGCCACUCAGUUCGACGUCGUCAAGUAUAUGCGGUCUGAUUUGAUCACGAAUUGUUUGGUGUACGCCAUAUCCACGGGUAACUGGACUAUCAAGAGAUUCAGGAUGGAACGACUGGGGGUCACGCAAGUUUUGUCUAGGUUGAGUUAUAUUUCGGCUUUGGGGAUGAUGACCAGGGUGAAUUCGCAGUUCGAGAAGACCAGGAAAGUGUCAGGGCCGAGGUCGCUGCAGCCGAGUCAGUGGGGGAUGUUGUGUCCGAGCGAUACACCCGAAGGAGAGGCCUGCGGGCUCGUGAAGAACUUGGCCCUCAUGACACAUAUUACCACCGAAGUCGACGAGUACCCUCUGAUCCGACUGGCCAACAACGCCGGCGUGGUCGACAUCAACAUGUCCUCCGGUAUGGCUAUCCACUCCUCGGACACUUUUUUCGUGUUCCUCAACGGCAACAUCUUGGGCACAAUCCGCAACUACAAACGUCUCAUACGCACCUUCCGGACGCUACGACGUUCCGGGAUCAUCUCCGGCUACGUUUCCAUCUACCCCAACUUCCUUCACCGCUGUGUCUACAUUAGUUCAGACGGAGGCCGCUUGUGUCGCCCUUACAUUAUCGUAGAAAACGGGAAACCCCUAGUGACGCAGCAACACAUAGUGGAAAUGGAGAAGGGAAUCAGGAGCUUUGAGGAUUUUCUCCAUGAUGGUUUGAUCGAGUUCCUUGAUGUUAACGAAGAGAACGAUAGCUAUAUAGCGUGCUACGAGAAGGACAUCACGGAACAGACGAGCCACUUGGAGAUUGCUACUUUUACGUUGUUGGGGGUGUGUGCUGGGUUGGUACCCUAUCCCCACCAUAACCAGUCCCCGAGGAACACGUAUCAAUGUGCUAUGGGGAAACAGGCGAUGGGUACGAUCGGCUACAACCAGAAAAACCGCAUGGACACCCUCCUCUAUAGCUUGGUGUACCCGCAAGCCCCCAUGGUCAAGACCAAGUCCAUCGAACUGACCAACUUCGACAAGCUCCCGGCCGGCCAGAACGCCACCAUCGCUGUUAUGAGCUACAGCGGCUACGACAUCGAAGACGCCCUCAUCAUCAACAAAGCUUCGAUCGACAGAGGCUUCGGACGCUGCUUGGUCUACAAGAACUCCAAGUGCAUGAUGAAGCGCUACGCCAACCAGACUUUCGACCGAAUCCAGGGUCCGCUCAUCGACAGUACGACCGGUGCGUCGAUGUGGAAGCACGGAGUCCUGGACGCUGACGGAAUCGUGGCACCAGGAGAACUAGUCGAAAAUAAACAAGUCCUAGUGAACAAAUCAGUCCCCACGGUUUCGUCUGUCCCAGGGAGUCAGUCGACCUCCGUGGAAUACAAAGACACACCGAUUUGUUAUAGGAACAACGAACCCAGCUAUAUAGAGAAGGUUCUAGUGAGCACUAAUGAAGAGGACACCACGAUUAUCAAGAUUUUGUUGAGGCAGACGCGAAGACCCGAAAUUGGGGACAAGUUUAGUUCGAGACAUGGGCAGAAAGGGGUUGUAGGGUUGGUGGUGGAGCAGGAAGAUAUGCCGUUCAAUGAAUACGGGAUUUGUCCUGAUAUUAUAAUGAACCCUCAUGGGUAUCCGUCUAGAAUGACGGUAGGAAAGUUGAUUGAGUUGCUUUCCGGGAAAGCAGGCGUGGUGGAAGGUAAGUUCCACUAUGGGACGGCGUUUGGUGGGUCGAAGGUGGAAGAUGUCUGUGAGGAGUUGGCCAAAAACGGGUUUAACUAUCAAGGGAAGGAUUUUUUCUACUCGGGCAUUACGGGGGAGCCUCUGGAAGCCUAUAUCUACUCGGGACCUGUCUACUACCAGAAGCUGAAACAUAUGGUUCAGGAUAAAAUUCACGCCCGAGGGAGAGGUCCAAGAGCUGUUCUGACGCGGCAACCCACUGAAGGAAGAAGUAGGGAUGGAGGGCUUCGGCUUGGCGAGAUGGAGCGGGAUUGUCUUAUAGGUUAUGGCGCAAGUAUGAUGCUGGUGGAGCGACUGAUGGUUUCGAGCGACCAAUGCGAAGUUGACGUUUGUAAUCAGUGCGGUCGACUAGGAUACUGCGGAUGGUGCAACAGUUGCAAAAGUUCAGCCCAAGUGUCCAGUAUUACGAUGCCUUACGCCUGCAAGCUACUCCUGACGGAACUACAAGCCAUGAACAUCACGGCGCGGCUAACUCUUAAUCAUUACUGUGAAUGAAUUGUGAUUUUAAUUUUAAUAAAAACAAAACAAAAAACAA